UCUGAGCAGAGACAAAUGACAGUGCUGGUCCACCUGGCAGACUCUGAUCCCAUCUGGCUCAGGAGAACUAUCUCCCAUAUUUCAAGUCUCUACAAGUCCCAGAUCUUGACAGGGCAAUUACUAUUGAUCCACGCCCCACCUGAUGCCUACCCCACUGUGAAUAAUGUCCAGAAGGAGAUCUCUCAGGGGCAGAUCUACUCCAAGCAGAAUGUCGACCAUGCUUUCCUCAUGAGCUUUGCCACGAAGCUCUCUACUUAUUUCCUGUUGCUAGAGGACGAUGUCUUCUUUGCCCCCAAUUUUGUCAGCCACAUUCGCUCGAAUGUGAUCUACAGGAAGCCCAACACAUGGGUGCUCCUGGAGUUCUCUAAUAUGGGCAUCCUGGGCAAACUUCUCCACAGCAGGGACCUUCCACUCCUGGCUCGCUUCCUCCUCCUCUUCCACAAGGAGCGACCGCUCACCUGGCUGAUCCUUCAUUUCCGUACCCUCCUGGCCCAGCAACAUCCAAUCCUCUGCAGACCGUUUCUCUUCUACCACAGGUUGACUCACUUCACUUUUGAGAACAAGACCUUAACAGGCCAGGAAGAGGAUGCUCCUGUCCUCAAUAUCCUCACUGGAACUGUUUACACGGACAUGAGGUUCUCUGACAUCCAUUCCCCAGAGGAGGCCUUCACUCUGGAUGAGUCAUUCUUUUGGUCCUACAAUGUCAGUACAGGGAACUAUUUGAUAGUGAUUUUGAACAAUCCAGCGAACCUCAACAGAGUGCAAGUCAGAACAGGCUCCAUCAUGGAUGGAAAGUACACCCUAGAAAAAGGACAGGUGGAGCUAGGCUAUGAGCCUGAAGGAAGACCCCCAAACUGCACCAGCUUUACCCUGCUGGGCCAUCUUGUGCAAGGGCAGCUGGAUCAGAUCAUUCUGGAAGGUGUUGGGCAUGAAGUAAGCUGUGUGAAGCUGGCAGUGAAUGCUAAUCAAGCCGGUGGCCUCAUGAUCAGACAUAUCUACAUCUGGGGAGAAAAUGCCAAACACAGAGAAGAUGAUCAAACAGAUGGGGAGAGUUGA